AUGGGAAACUCUUCAGUCUGCAUCAAGCAAUAAAUAAAGCCAAAUUCAAAUAAUGCAAAUAUGCAGCUUGGGAUAUCUGGGAUAGAUUAACUUUCAGGCUCACAAAGAAGAACUAGAUCCAAGAAAUAAAGUAAAGAUUUCAUAGAGAGUCAAAUGAAUCAAGAGUUUCUGAACUAGAACGAAAAUAUAAAUAUAAAUAUUCUACCACUACAUCAAGAAAAAGACUCUGGUACAUAGAGAAACCAUGACGCGUCAACAAAAAUGACUCAAAAUAAUGAUGAAAUAGCAUCUCAAUCAAAUAUUAAAUAGGGGAGCUCAUCAAGAGAAAGUGGGCACAGCAAACUUAUGAUGUAAUCGUCAACUCCAAAAUCACUAUCAAUCGAUAAAAAUACUUUGCAGCCAGACAAAUUAAGCUCCAGAAAAGGUGAUAGCUAUAUGAGCAAUAGAUUUCUAGUACCUGAAAGUAUAAACUCUGCGGAAAUACACGAAUCAAUGUUGAUUUCAGACAUAAACAUGGAUAUUAGUACUAGUUAAAGAGACAAUUACAACUUUAUAGGCUAUUCUUAAAAUAAUCAACAACAUUUCAUAGCAGAUCAAGACUCUCUAACUAAAUCUUAUAAUCAAAAGGUCAAGGAAGAUACAAAUUACUUAGCAAAGCAAAAGAUGAUUUAUGAUAAUGAACGAAUUGAUAAUCAUAGCUAUGAUAAUUAGGAUGAAAAUAAUAAAACUUCAAGAAAAAAUUCAGCGGAUAAUUUAUAUGAUCUUGAACUUAGGCAAUCCUAUGCUUAGUUGAUUGAGCAGUAAUCAUCAUAGUAUAGCUAAUCGAAAUAAAAACAUAAACUUUCAGACUAAUUAGACUCUUUUGAACCUAGUGAAUUCGUACCUAUAGAAUACGAGGAUAGUGAUAAUGAAAUUUUGAACAUUUCUGUAAUAGAAUUAAAUGAUCCAUAGCUAAUUGAAGAUAUUGUAAAAAAGGUGAAUUCAAUUGGUGGCAUAAGAAAAAUCUACUACUUAUUUAAACAUCAAAGGCGCGAAUUACUUCAAGCAAAAAACAAUGGAGAGUUUGACGAGGAAUACAUUGAGAUGUGUGAACUGUAUCUGUCAGAAAUUGAAGGGUAAAGGUAAAAGAAUUUAAAUUAUGUGCUAAGAAAAUUAGGCAAUAUUUCAAAGAUUUAGUACAGUAAAAAUUUGAACAAAAUUGACAAGGAAUUACAAACCUUACUUGGAUUGAAUAGAAGAGUUAAGAUGCCAAAAAAUUACGAUGUAGAAUAAGCCAAAGAGCUUAAACUCAAAAUGCAGGAAAAUGUAUUGAAAUUAUGGAAAAUGCACAAAAAUCUUUUAAGUGAUAAACUUGAUAUGGAAAAACUGCUAAGUAUUUUAGAAUGCUAUGCUGAAGAUUUACUAUAUUUUGAAUAUGAUGUAGAAAUUGAGCAACUCGAAAAACUAAUCCAUAGACAUCAAUAAUUAAACACCAGUAGGUUGAUCUCAGAUUCAUUAUCAGAUAGUGGUAAUCGUCUUUCAGUAAGCUAUCUUCUCUAACACUCAGAUACAUUAAACUCAGUUGGUAAAAUGUCCCUUAAAAUGGCAGUAAGAAUGAGUAUUUUUACUAUUCAUGAGGAAGAAGUAAACGAAGAUGAUGACUAUGAAUGA